UCGUCUGCUCCUGCAGCGACCGCUGCAGACGUGAACAGAACGCGCGUGCGCGUAGUCUGCGAGCGUGGUCUACGCCGCCUGUGUUGCCUUCUGCUCGUUUUCUUUUUUGUCGCGCGCUCGUCUGUUUGCGGCGCAACGCGGUUUGUUUCUCCUGACGACAGAGAGCCUCCUUUCCUCAGGUGUUCCCGAUUCCGUGUUCCUUCACGUCUUUUCUUUUUUUUUUUUUCUUGUGUGCGAAAUUGUGAGAGUGCGUGGAGUGUUGUAGGUGAUACACAGAUACCGACGCCGGCGGCGCGAUCGUCGACAUCGCACCGUAGUAUUUCGUCGAGAUACAUCGAGAUCCCGUGGAUUUUACACGACGACAUAUAUGCCCAGCAGGGAGUAAAGAGAAACAAAGAAAAAUGACGUAUCACCUGCCGUGUUGUUCCACAACGACGCGGCUGGGUCUGUGGAACGCGCCCUCGACCUCGACGCUUGAACUCCGGGAAUCGCGGCACCAGCCCACCACGCUAGGAUUUUGAUCGAACCUCUUGACGGCUCGCUUCGCCAUAUCCCAAGGAUGGAUGGAUCGCUCUCUGACGAAUCUGAGAAUCUUGGCAACUUUCGCCGAUGGCGUCCCUGCAAGAAGCGCCGGCGUAACUGCGGGCUGUCGCGGCCAGUGGGCUCUAGCAGCGGUGCUGGCACGGUCAUGAAGGCGGUCGCCAUGGAGACCGUCGAUGACACCGUGACCACGGAAGACCAGCUGGUGCCGCUGCAGGUCUUUGUGCCGGACCUUGUCAUUCAGAAAUGCUUCCACGUGCAGAAGGAUGAACUGAUAUGGGACAUCAAGCAGCAUAUCAUCUCGUCGCUGCCUAAGGAGGUGAAGGAAGGAUUCAAUUACGGUCUCUAUUGCCCUCCGGUGAACGGCAAAGCCGGCAAGUUUUUGGACGAAGAGCGGCCCAUCGCUGACUACCCUCUCUCCGACGCUGUCGCCUAUCUAGAGUUACGCUACAAGCGACGAGUCUACAAGAUGAUCAACGUGGAAGAGAAGCAAAUCAAGCAGCUGCAUACGCGGGCCAACUUGCGUCGGAUGCUGGAUCACGUGACCAACUCGAACGUCGACAAGAUCAGCAAGCUCUGCACCCGGGGUCUGGACCCGAACUUCCACUGCCCCGACACGGGAGCAGAGACCCCGCUGACGCUGGCCGCGGGCCUGAAGAGUCCUAGCAAGGUAAUCAUCGCGCUGGUGAACGGCGGGGCGCUGCUGGACUACCGCACCAAGGAUGGCCGGACGGCGCUGCACCGAGCCGUCGAGAAGAACAACCUGGAGGCACUCAAGACUCUCCUGGACCUGGGCGCGUCGCCCAACUACAAGGACGCCCGGGGACUGACGCCGCUCUAUUACACAGUGCUGUGGAACGCCGACCCGCAGCUCGCCGAGACGCUGCUGCACGACCACGCAACGCUGGGGGUCGCCGAUCCGCAGGGCUGGCAAGAGGUGCACCAAGCGUGCAAGCACGGCCUGGUCCAGCACCUGGAGCAGCUUCUGUUCUACGGGGCGGACAUGAACGCGCGCAACGCGAGCGGCAACACCCCGCUGCACGUUUGCGCCGUCAACGACCGGGAGAGCUGCGCAAGGGUGCUGCUGUUCCGGGGGGCCGACCCGGCCGCCCUCAACUACGCCAACCAGAACCCUUACCAGGUCGCCGUCAUCGCCGGAAACCUCGGCCUCGCCGACGUCAUCCGCAAUCACAAGCCCGAGGACGUCGUGCCGUACCGCGAACCGCCGACGUACAACCCUCGCCGGAGAGCCAGCAGCGCCGCCCUGAGUCGCACGCACAGCGACCCGAGGCUGGAGCUUGUGGUGCUGGGCGCCAAGCCGCCGUCGCCGUGCCCGUCCAAUCGGUCGCUGCCCCCGUUCUCAUCGGCCGCGUCUACCGCGUCCGAGGCCUCGUCCAUGGCCUCCUCGUCGCACGCGAACGACUCCGAGGGCAGCUCGGGCACGGCGGCCUCUUCGGCCACCGUGUCGGCGUCGUUGGUCGCGCUGCCACUCGCAGACAAGAGCGCCACAAGCGAAUCAUCGGGUGUCUGUACGAGCAACAGCGCGCACAGCUGCGACUCGAGCACCGACAGUUCGGACACGCCCGAAGUGAUCACGGUGGGAACAACAUGCGUCUGUGUCUCCGAGUACCAGAGCCCGCUCCAGGGACACCUCUCCCUCAACUGCGGUGACAUUGUUCAAGUCACCGAGGUGAGCGAUACCGGCAUGCUGGAGGGACGGACACGAGAUGGACGCCAGGGGAUGUUCCCCAGCGCCGCUGUCCAGGAGGUCAAGAUGAGGGGCAGUUCCUCGUCUCAGGGUCGUGUCAGAGGUCGCCGAGAGAUGCAAACCUCGUCGGGGGCUGCAACACUGCCGAGGCGAUGGAGAAUGUAUGGAGAGCCACGCACUGUUGUGUUGCACAGGAGCAAAAAAGGUUUCGGGUUUGUCCUCAGAGGAGCCAAAGCCACGAGUCCACUGAUGGAACGGCAGCCAACGGAAAACUGGCCGAGCUUGCAGUAUUUGGAUGACGUGGACCAAGGUGGAGUGGCCGACCUUGCCGGCCUCAAGAAAGGCGACUUCUUGCUCGAGAUCAACGGGCAGGACGUGUCCCAAGCGACCCACGAGUGCGUGGUGAACAUCAUCCUGCAGCAGGGCGACCUGAUCGCCAUGACGGUGCUCACGGUCGCCGGCACCGUGCCGGGGUCCAUGGGACCGCUCUCCCAGGGCUCGUCGUCCUCGGCGCCCUCAUCCGCGCCGGGCUCGGAGGCCGGCAGCGUGCCCGCGAUGGGGGGCACCAGCAGCACCGUGACGCCCCCCAUGCUGCAGGCCAACGGCGCUGUGGCCGGCGGCUACCGGCAGUGCGCCACGCUGCCGCGCAAGCUGUCGGCCAAGAAGGCCCCAGCCCCUCCCAAGAGGGACCCCAAGACGACCCUCUCGGUGGGAAGGGCUAGGGCGAAGUCCAUGGUCGCAGGACUCACCGACAUCGAGGUCCUGGACCGGACGCUGAACGAAUACGACUCGGAGGGCCGCUCGACCAAGAGCAGUUCCAUCGAAAGCAUCCCGAAGCAGAACGGAGCCUCCUCCGCUCCCGCCGCCUCGAGCAGCGCAAGCGCUCCCGCGACUGCGACGGCAGCAGCGACGGCGGGCCCGGAGGCGCCCAAGACGGCCUCGAUCCGCAGCCGACCCGUCCGCAUGACGGCCGCCGAACUCGAAGAGUUCCUCACGCGCCAGAGCGCCGAGCGCAAGCCGCGCGUGUUCGGCAGCGUCGCCGCGAUGAAACGGGCCGCCCGCGGGGCCGGGCCGACCAUCCUCAAGGACUUCAAUAGCGAGCCCGAGCUGAACGCGGCCGAGACGGACCUUGCCCGGCGGAGAAGCCGGAGCCAGGAGAACCUCGCCAUCUACGGCGAGUCCUGGCAGAAGAUGGAGGAGAUCUGGAAGAAGCCCGCGACGCGCGUCUACGCUGAGACGAAGGCGGCGGCCACUGCAAAGCAGCAGCCGCCGCCACUUCCCAGCGGCAGCGCCAGCGGUGCCAUACCGCCCGCAGCAUCCCCGGCUCCGGUGUCAGUGGAGCAAGCUAGUCAGGGCUCGCGGAAACCCCCGCCGAGCCACCCACCUCCGCCGCCACCCGUGGGCCAAAUGCUGAAGGUCGAUGUGUCAAACGCGAUGGGCGACUACGCCAAUGUGGACGGUAUACCUGACUCGAAGGUCAUGUCUAGCUUCAGGCCGGGAGACAGCGCCAAGCUCUACGCGUCUCCCGAAUCCCUGACGCACGUAGCGUACAAGACGAGCGCAGAGGCCCGCGGCGCGGCGCGUCCCGGCAGAACUCCGGCCGCUCCGCCGGGGUCCGGAACGCGGUCUCAGUCGCUGCCGCCCCGGAUUCAGAACAGGGAACCAUCGGAGACCCGCGAGAACGUGGUCUACUCCACGUUCAGGGUUGUGCAGCCAACGCCGGAGACGGGGACUCUGCGGGGCACCUCCAAGGGUAAGAAGGUCAGAGGUCCCGCCGCAGUUCAGGAGGAGCCGCCACCGCCUCCGGAGAAGCCGCCGUACAUUCCCGAGCCGGACUACGAUAGCACGGACGAAGAAGAGGAGCAGGUCUCCAGGACGCAGAAGUCGGGAGACAUGGGAACGUUCAAAGCAUCGUCCGCUGGCUCGAGACGUGACGAGGCACCUCCACCACCCGAGAGGGCUGCGACGACAACUGCUACGAUGAUGACAGCCGUGCGCCACGAUUCAGACCCGAAGGUGAUCGCAACCAAGUGUCACACGCUAGAGCCGCGGUCAUCCAGAGCGCAGGAAACCAUCGUUCACAUCAAGAGAGACCCGCUCGAAUCCGAAAAGCUAGUCCUAGAGGUUUCCGCCGGCUCCGUGCGCGACAACAUCAGCGCAUUUGAGAAACGGAGUGCCGGAAGCAGCACAACCCCGAGGCCCACGAAGCACGCUGGGUCCAAGGACCACCAUCACCACCUGCACGAAGAGCCCGAGAACAGUUCCAGCGGCGUGUCGUCGGACGUUGAGGUGGACAGACAGGAGCUCCGGUCGUACGAUCAAGCGGCCCUGUCCAAGCGACUCAGCGCCUACUACCUCCAGCGACGGCAGUCCGCCGAGAACCUGGUUCCCGUGUCGACGACCGCCCCAACCGCUGCGCCUGUGGUUUCGAACCUCGACUCGCACCUGAACCAGAGGAACAUGCACGGACGGCAGCAACAAAUGGUACAGCCGGUCUCUUCAUCAGCAGCGUCCAUGGCGGCAGCAGCGGCAUCUUCUCUAGCGGCCAGCAACCAGGCCGCCCGGAGACCACAGGCCGCCGACAACAAAGCCGUCCUGGGCGGCAUCCCCAAGAAGACGCUCAAGAUUCGGCUGGACCAGAAGGUUCACGCGACGAGAAGGGCAGAAGGAGCGCCGCGCGGGACUGACGCAGCCGCGGACGGCUCGAGCCUCAAACGCAGCAUCGACGAGAGCCUGGACUUCAUCAGGCUGCAAAUCGACUCGCUGGGUCUCUCGUCCGUCAACGAGGCGGACAUGCUCACCGAACUGGUCCCUCCGCCACCCGAGUUUUCGCACGGAGUGCGGCCUCAACAGGCCGAGCCCAUCGCGCCACCGCCGCCCGAGUUUUCCGACGAGUACCACCGCCGCUUCGAUCAUCACCAGCCGGCGCCGCCGCACCAUCACCAGCCGCAGCAGCUACCGCAGCACCAGCCGCAGUCGCAGCAGCUGGCUCGUCACCAGGCCGCGCUGUACCACCAGCUGAACCAGUCGCAACAGCAGCAGCACCUGCCGGCAGCGUACUGCCGCUACAACGGCUCUCCGCAGCACCACCACGCAGCCACGCUGCGGCCCACCAGUUCAGCGCACCACCAGCCGCGGCCCACGGUGCACGACGUCUACCGUCCCGGCUACGGGACCCUGGGAAGGCGGACCGAUCCUCAGGUACUCGUUGUCCCCAUCGAGCGACAGGCGGGGGACUUGGCCCGUUUGAAGUCGGUCCAGCGGGAAUUCAGGCAGAAGCCCUUGGUCGAGUGGAGUGCCCGUGACGUGAGCGAUUGGCUGGAGUCCCUCUUCCUCCAGGAGUACAGGCCGCGAUUCGUCGAAGCCGGCAUCACCGGAGUGAAGCUGGCCAACAUGGACUCCAACGACUUCAUGGGACUAGGGGUGAAGCAGGUUGGCCACAGGGUCAACAUGGAGCGCUCGCUCAGGCGCUACAUGAAGUAGGCAUUCCUUCGUACCUGCCGAAACAAUUAGCUUGCCGGAACGGCAUGUAGUGCGAUAGUGUCAGGGUUUGAGCCAUUCGGUUUGUCGUGGACUACGUUUUGGGUGUGAUGCGAAGUACACGGAUCAGAUAACAAGUAGGUACGGUGGGUACGGCGCAGGGGCACUGGUUUCGAUAAUCAGCUUAAUUUCUGGUUCCACGCGGUGUGACCUCAAGAUAAUUAAAACGAGCAAGGCCAGGUGGAGAUGCGCUGCUUAAUUUUUUUUAGUCCGGUCUUUCCCGUACUCUUAAAAGCCUUGGUUUGAGACCAAGUGAUAGAAUUACAAAGACACUAUGAGGCCGCGGUGUUGUAUCAACGCCACUACAUAUGGUGCCACCACAUAGGCAUCGAAUCCCUGUACUUCGCUUCCACUCUGUAAUUGGAACUCAUUGUUUUUGAGCCCGCUGUUUGUCAACGUCAUCAUGCAGGUGCACUUGUAGCACUUCUAACACUGUAAAGCUGCAGCGUGCAGGUGGAGUGUGUGCCUGCUUGGCAACCGUAACCUCUCAGCGGUGCUUGCACGCACCGAACUAGGUUUUACUUUUUGAGGGCUUUUCAAAGCGAUCCCGGCCAAUGACGCGACGCAAGCGACUAAUUUAUUUCGCCCUAAAUGCUUCUACAGUUGCCUACAAUACAAAGCGGAACGGCUGGGAGACUGCACUACGGAUUCCACAGUGCUUUUUUGCUGCGGUGUUUUGCGCACCCUGCCAUUUUAAUUCGGUGACGACUGAAGACAAAGUUGAACACCCGCCUUUGUUCCUAUUUAUAUUGCGGCCAACUGGAUGCGAGGUAGCAAUAGGUAUACUUGCUGCCUGUGCCGUAGUUUUGUAAAUAUAAUGUAGGUUUCAUCACAGUAUCCGCUUCUGUUAGACGCUGCUUGAUGACUUCGUUUCGCUUUUCUGUAAAUUGAGUUUCCGAGUGAUGUGCAAUCUGUUCCACAAUUUUAUCUUGUCGGAGUAAUUUAUAUCUAAUAUAUUACCUUGCUUGUUCCUGUAUAACAAAGUGUGAUAUAGUGUCCAACCUUGUUGCCAUGUCGUGAGCAUGUGAUGGUAGCUGCAACGAUGUCAACGUAAUGAGUACAAUCGACCAGACUUUCAUUUUGUUCUUGCAUAAAAAAAAAUGGGUUGUAGUGAACCUGAGAUGCCAAAAAUAUGUCCCUUUUUCCUAGUUUCUUUGCUCGCAUUGCUUCGUUUAACCCACAGUUGCUGAACAGAAGCUCUCUUAGAUUGUGCCAUCUAUGCUGUGGUCUAUUAAUUUCUGCCUACAUUUUCUCCUGUGUACGUCUUUAACCACGUAGCUUUACUCUGGCUGUGCACCCGGUCUAAUGAGCUGGGCGUUCUCUUUGACAUAGUUUCAACAAAUUGUGUACAAGAAAUUUACAGGCUGACCUGUUCAUAGCGUUCUCGACCGAGAAGUCACCUUUUCUAUAUCACUUCUAUGGAUAAGAGCCUACAAUACUGCCUGAAGCGACUAGCCAUGUCAAGCUUCUCAUGAUGCCCCUUUACAUUACAGUAGCCCGCUGACUUUUUCAAUGCAGAGAAAUGUGUGUCACUCUGGCUACCUUUAAAGACGUCUGUCAAAUGUGAGACAGUCAGGGGUCUACAUUUGACUUGAACUUUCGAUGAAAAGAUAAGCUCUCCAAUGACAUACAGCUGAUGUUUACUGUAGUGAGCUUUAUGACAGGAAACGUCAAAAUUUGCAUUGAAGAGGUCCCAGUGACUUCAUCUGUGGUAGGCGUGAAAGUGUUCUACGAGGUUUACGGUUAAGCGAAAAAAAAACACUUUAAAUAGAAUCUGUGUAUUGAAAUUUUAACUGAACUGCUUGCAUUAUAAUUAGGUGUUCGAUUUAUAUUGCUUUCAAUAUUGUUUAGUCCUGCGCAGUGAUUAAUCCUAAGGCUUCACAAAGGACAUCAACUUCUUUAAGUGUGAUUUCCCUUAAUACUGACCCAUAAAUUGUUCAGCAAUGACAACCGUUUAAACAUCAUCAAGUUCUUGAAGCUUCCUGUAACUUCGGUCCCAUACCAACUGUGUCACCUCCAACAGUUUUCAUCACGCAUGUGCGGUCAUUUCUACCAGUAACGUUGAACAGGCCAGCGAAACCAUUGAACAAGCAUAAUCAGCAUUUCUUGCUCCCGCACUCUUCACGAAAACACGCGACUUGUCAUUUCUAGCCUAUCUCGCAGCUGUUCUGCGUUGCUUCCUUACUGUUGGAAACAAAAGCCUUGGAGCAGCUAGGCGCGAUGCAUACUUUUGCAGAAUCUCUUUGAGUGCCGGUCCACACACACACACAGUUCGCUGGCAACGCUCGACAUUCCAGAUGAGCUUGCCGGAAUACAAUGCUCAAUUCGCCAAAGACGCAAGGCCGGAUUCUCACAAGAACUUAUGACGAGCAGGUUACGUUAGGUUCGUGGGGCUCUUGAAAGAAGUCAAAGGGCACGUCUGUGAAAGCAGACAGUCUAGCUCGUUGAACUGCGAGAAACAUACGCAAGGUGGCGCUGAAAGCAGAGCGAUUGCUGCAGAAGGACACAAAAAAAAUCGACAACAGAUUGAGGGCAAGUAGACACAAGGGAAAAGGAAGGAAGAUAGAAGGGACGAUGACAAAGCUUGGAACGUGAAACGAGCUAUGAAGUCGUUCUCUGAGCUUUGGUUGUUUCCGUGUCACUGCCUAGUGUUCACUCAGCGCUGCAUUAGUCUGUCGGAAAACUACUGUCGCCCCACAGACGUAUGCCGAAUUGCGAUAGUCGACUUGGAGUGGCAUUUUUCCCGUGCUUUCACAUUUCGAAUGCAUAAUUCGGGUCAAUUUGAUUUGAACUAUUAAUUCAGAGCGACUCGGGCCGAGUUAACUUACGAAGCACGUGAUCUUGGUUCGACUUGAUCGAGCGAACCUGUAUUCAC